CAUUCGUCUUCAAACAGUCGAAACAAUCAGUUCAACAUGAAAUCGUUUGUGUGUGUUCUCCUGCUCGCCGCUGUGGUCGCAGCUGAGCCUCCAUACAGGAGGUUCCAGAGACAAGAAGAAGCAGCUCCCUACGCUCCAGCUGGCUUCCGACCUGCCAAAGAGUUCAAUCUGCCAUCGCGUCAGGAAGUUCGUCCAUCCAACCCACCAUCAACAUCAUACGGAGUCCCUGACGACAGCUACGGUGCCCCUCUAAAGACUUACACUGCUCCUCAGACUGAAUACGGUGUUCCAGAGAAAGAAUACGGUGUCCCAGAAAACAGUGAAGUUGAAAAGGAGGAAGAAAUUGAGGCUGAACAAAAGGAGGAGAUUAAGGAAGAGAAAGCUGAGAAGGAAAACCUUGAGGAAGCGCCGAAGAGUGAUACUGAAGUCGUGAGUGCUCAGGGUGUUUACUACGUGCUGCUGCCUGGUUCGCAGCUCCAGAGAGUGCAGUUCCAAACUGAGAACGACCAGAGGAACAUGGCGUACACUGCCCGUCUUCAAUACAGGGAUGAAGACCGAGCGCCAGUGUACGUGUACACAGCAGUACCACAGUACCAAUCCGCGGCUUACGUUCAAUUAUUCUAAUUUCAACCCCUUUCAACCAAUGCUACCCCAAACGGAUGCAAUUUAGAUUUGCGAGGAUUAUACCAGAUCCGAUAUACAGAUACGGAAAGUACCGUUUUUCAAACGAAUUUAUUGUUCAAUGUCGUACGAUGUUAAUGCCCAAUCGUUUACAAUGCGGCAAUAACCACCAAGUAUGUUUUUAUGUAAUUUAUUCGGGACGUUGUAAAUAAAUGUCUUUGUUU